GGCCGCCCCGUCCGCCUGAUAGGGUGGAUGGGGAAACGAAAGCGAAAGGGGCCGGUCCCGGUUCCGGGAAGGUGUCCCCGGCCGGUACCGGAGGGGUUGCGGGGCUGCCCAGGACCCAUCGCCGUGGGGGUGCUGUGAGGUUUUUACAAAUGGAUUUUACAAGUCCCUCACCAGCUUUGAAAGAUAACAGCUUUAAAAUGAUGAGCCCUGAUGCUUCUGGCACAUCCCACAAUGAGAUGGAAAGCAGUAACCAAGCACUAAAGAACUUGAAGAGAGACCUCCAUAAGCUAAAUGAAGAAAAUGCUGAGCUGCAGAGAGAGAUUGAAAAGCUCCAAGAAGAGAUUGCCCAGUGCAGCUCAAAGCCUUUGCCACAUAACCAGCACCAGAUUAAAAAGAAAGUAGCAGAAAUGAAACUGAAUUUCAGUCACCUGGAAGAGGUGCAGGGUGAUCAUCCAGAGCUGGACACUCACUGUGGUUUUGAUGUAGCUACAAAAAUCCCAUUCAGCCUGAAGAGAAACGAGGCACUGCUCACCUUUGAAGCUGAAGAAGUUGCCCAGAGGCUGAUAAAAAUGGAUAAAUAUACUGUGGAUCUGGACAGCAAAACAGCAGAGAUCAGAGGGAAGCCCACUGCACUUGGUAUGGGAGUCAAAUUUGAGCUCCAUGUCACUAUUUCUGGCAGGAAGAUCAAUGUUUCUGAAGUCCCUGAGCUACCCAUUCCUGAAGAGUGGAUGAGAGACAAACUAGAGCUGAAUUUCCAGAAGUCUGAAUAUGGAGGAGGGGAAGUCAAAGAUGUGUGCUAUGACAAGCAGUCUGGAGCAGCUGCUGUGACAUUCCUCAGGCCUGGAGCAGCCAACAGCUUUGUGAGACGUGCCAAAUACCCCUUCCAUGUAAAUGGGCAUUCCUAUAGGCUCUCUGUGUCCCCAGACACCUGUGUACACUUGAAAAAGCUGCAGGUCUACGGUGGGAUUUCUAAGAAGACCAUCCUGUUGCAAGGAAUUCCAGAGAUGGAAGAUGAUGAGGAAAGUGUAGAGGACAUGAUUAAAAUUCAUUUUCAAAAGCCCAGCAGAGGCGGCGGGGAAAUAGAGAAUGUCAAAUAUGUAUCAGGACAAGGAGUGUGUGUUUGGUUUGAGGAGGAUACUUCAAAUUCCAUGUAGGAUGUUGUAG